AGCCAUGCGGACGCUAACACUAACGCCAACGAUACUACAUAUUGCGUUUCUAACGCUGAUAAGCACCAUAUGUUUCAGAUUGGGCCAAGCACAAGUUAAUUAUCGUUUAAGUAAUGACAUUAUACCAGAAGCGUAUAAUAUUACAAUAAAACCCUAUCUCCUGAUCGAAGACAGACCAAAGCAAUUUACUUAUGAAGGCGAAAUUCAAAUAAAAUUGCAUGCGAUCGUGUCUGACGUGCGGGAAAUCACGUUACAUAAAGACAUUGGAGUUAUUUUAACGGCUGCUGCUUUUUACGACAAUACCAAUAAAAAAAUCAAUUUAGAUAUAGAAAGUUUCGUUUUUGAUCAAGUGACCGAUAAAUUGACAAUUAGACUUGAUAAUGCUCUAACCGUAAAUGCUGCAGUAACGCUUCAUUUCGAAUUUAAUGGUAAAAUCGGAACCAGUCUAACAGGAUUAUUCUACACCAGUUACCUGAAUGAAGAUGAAAUGAUUAGAUGGGUUGGUCUAACACAAAUGCAACGUUUAAAUGCCCGAACUGUAUUUCCAUGUUUUGAUGAACCAGCACUGAAAGCCAAAUUUCGAAUGCAAAUAAGCCGUCCCAAGGAAUACAACUCUGUCUUCAACACUAGACUCAUCAAAACCGAAGCUGAUGGUGAAAAUCGAUAUAUGGAUUACUUUGAGGAAACACCACUCAUGUCGACUUACUUAGUGGCAUUUAUUGUAUCUGAUUUUGUUACAAGUGGCAAUACGGAUUUUUCGAUUAUUACGCGUCCUGAAUACAAAGGAUACACUAACUUUAGCAACGAAGUGGGUGUAAAGGCUUUAGCUGCAUAUGACAAGUUAACACAACUGCCCUACAAGAGUCUUGGAAACACAAUUUUGCAAAAUGCGGGCAGUCCAGCUUUCCCUCACAAUGGUAUGGAAAAUUGGGGUCUUAUAAUUUACAAAGAAUCCGUUUUGGUCAAUGAACCAGGUUACACUGAUGGUUGGGCGAACAAACAAUACACGUUAACAAUUCUAACACAUGAAAUUGCUCACAUGUGGUUCGGUAACAGCGUUACCUUUGCUUGGUGGAGUUAUUUCUGGUUAAAUGAAGCAUUCGCACGUUACUAUCAGUAUUUUAUGGCACACGAGUUAUAUCCGGAAUAUCAAUUGGAUCAGCAGUUCGUGGUAAAUCAAAUGCACCUUAUAUUCGGUACCGAUGCAGUGAAUACAACUCAACCAAUGACUAGCCCUGAGAACAGUGUACAAACUCCUUCAGAAAUUGCCAAUAAAUUUAGUUCUAUAGCUUAUGCUAAAGGUGCGUGUAUAAUUAGAAUGAUACGUAAUUUAAUGGGUUCUGAUAAUUUUGACAAUGCGAUACGACAAUACUUAAAAGAAAAUCAUUUGAAAAGUGUACAGCCACAAGAUCUGUUCACUCAGCUCAAGGCACAUUGGCCGACAGACCAACUUCCACAAGUAAAUUUAAAUAAGUUUUUCUACGAUUGGACUGAGAAAGUAGGCUAUCCUUACAUAUUCGUACGCUUUGAAUAUAACGGAGAUAGCAUUUAUAUAGAACAACACCGUUUCUUAUUCGAUCCCAUAGAAGGAAGCAAUCCAAACCUUUAUUACACAAUACCUAUAACCUUCACUACUGAUAAACAAAAAAAUUUUAAUGACUUAAAACCGAAAUUUUAUAUGGACAAUUCCGGAAUCAGCUUUUUGCAACAGCUUGAGGAGAAUGCUGAGUGGAUUAUUUUCAAUUUACAGCAAUCUAACUACUACCGGGUGCUCUAUGAUGAGAAAAUACUGACCAAUAUCAGAAAAGCACUUCUUCAGAAAAAUCAUAGUGACAUUCCUGUCAUCAAUCGUGCACAACUUGUGGAUGAUUUGUUUAAUUUUGCACGUAACGGAUCAGUUAGUUAUAAUAGAGUCUUUGAGUUCGUGGAAUAUUUGGCAUUUGAAACAGAAUAUUUACCUUGGUAUGCUGCCUUCUCCGGAUUUGAGCAUGUAACAAAGCGGUUACCAUUGAAGAGACAAAAAGAUUUUGGUGACUUUUUGGAAAAAAUCGCGAAAGCAGUUUACGAAAAAUUGUACUUUGAGAAUAAUAAUGAUACUGUACUUGAUGUUUAUAAUCGUAACAAGGUGAUAAAUUGGGUAUGCAAAUAUAGAAUAAGCGAUUGCAACGAGAAAGCGCAACAAGUAUUAAAUAACGUAUAUUCUACAAAAAUCAAGCCUUCACCUGAUUUCAGAGAGACCCUCUACUGUAAUGCCAUACGCAAUGGUAUUUUCAUGAUGUAUUCAACUGUACAUGAUUUUUUUAAAAGUGAAGUUGUAAUUACUGAAAAAGAGUUAUUGGCUCGUGCGUUAGGAUGUACACGACACCAUUAUGAAGUACAUUUUGCCCAUAUAUUACUCGACAUAAUACCAACUCAUUACAAAGUCAUGUCUUUAAAACCUUUGUAUAGAGAAAAUCCAGAAAAUGUAGGACCCGUUUUUAAUCUCAUAACAGAAAAUAUUGAAAAGUUAUCUGAAGCACUUGGAGAAUGGUCAGAUGCGGCUAAUAUAGUUAAUGAUAUAGCAGACUACUUGACUACCAAAGAUCAACAAACACAAUUGGAAACUUUUGUUAAGGAGAAAGGAGAACUUUUUGGAACUUCAAAAGCUACUUUAGAUAGAGCAGUAAUCAAAGUUUCCAACAAUUUAGUGUGGGCCGAGAAUAAUCUCGGUACACUGUACACUUAUUUCGACAAAGGAAAUAGUGCUACAAUAAAUCAAAUGACGGCAACCUUAAUUUUUUGCCUCAGUAUUUUUUAUUAUUUUGUGCGAUAAAAAUAUUAA